UCCGAAUUUGUUCCACCGCGGUAUCUGAACCACUAUAGAAGCCAAUUGUUUUUAGAACCCUCUCCCACCACACACCACCCAUCAUGCGCUUUUCUACUACUGUUCUCUCGACUCUUCUCGUGAGCCUCGUGGCGGCAUCUCCUGUCGACGUAACUCCCCGAGCGGCAAUGUCAUUAAAUCCGCGCCGGAUCCUCGUAAUGAGACAAUUUGGUUGCGACUGCAACGAAAGUUCUUGCUCCGGACCUGCGUGUUGUGCCAAUGGAUCCUGUCGAUGCAACUGCGGUGAAAGCAGUUGCGAUGCCGAGAGUCCUGCUUGCUGCGCGAACGGAAGUUGUGUGAGUUUCCGUUUUUGA